AUGGGUAAAUUGUUCCGCGUGCGACAAUACUAACUUUCUUUCUAUAGUAAUUAUCCCCUUUUGAAAUAUAAAACCCAAGAAACGACGUACAAAUUACGAUUGCACGUUCGAAAAUUUAAUUUUAGCACUCUCUCGUGGAACGCGGAAUAUAUUAAAUUUGUUAGAUUCUGCAUUUUCUCAAUCAACAAUAAAUAUGCGAAGUAAACAAGGAGAUUAUGUUAAUGACGUUCUUUUUUAAGAUAAUCGUACGUGUAUUUGGAGUAAAUUAUUUUUUAAAAUUAAUGUGUAAUAUAUUUAUAUGUAAUUAUUAUAUUAUUGUUUUGUAUUAUUUAUAUUUGAUAUAUCAUAUCAUUAUAUUUAUUAUAUAUUAUAUAUAAUAUAUAAUAUAAAAUUAAAUAUAAUAUAUAUAAUAUAAUGCAAAUAAUAUACAAUAUAUAAUAUAUAGUGUAUAAUACAUAAUAAAAGUGAUGUCCGAAAUUAAUUUUACUAUAAGUAAUUGCCUCUUUAUUCAACGAGAUUAAUAACAUUUUUCUUUGUCGCAAAUUCACAAAAUAAUAAGGAGAUUGUUUUGUUAACAAUCAUGACGUUCUUUUUUAAGAAAUUCUUUGUCGAUACGCCAUACCGUCAGUAUUCCCGUUGGAAUCGCAUUCAUUAAAAUCACGCCUUAAACGGUUUUUAGGUGGGCAAUUAGCAAUAGUAAACUAUAUGUCAGUUCGAUCUGUCAAAUUAAGAGGAGAGAAUGUAUCGGUCUUUCCGUUGAUAUUAUAGUGCAAACGUAAUGUGUUUGUAAUUUAAAAAAAAGAAAAGAAAAAGAACACUAAUCAUGCGUGUUAAAGAACUAUGAUACUUACAAGCUAAUUACUUACUUAGAAGUCAUAUUUGCGUGUCUCUUUAAGUAAGCAUUAACCACAUUUCGCAUUUUCAAAUCGUCUUUCAUUAUGAAUACAUAGUAAGUGUUUCAAUAUUAAUUUCCUUUGAAAUUAUUAUCAAUUGAUCGACUAUUUCACGCUCAUGAAAAAUGUAUUAUUGUAAUAAUUUAACAUAACGUGGAUAAUGUAUAUUGUUCGUAACUGAUAAACGCCUGCUCGCGCAUUUAGAAUGACGUGUCGUUUGUUAUCCUUUGCAACGUUUUCCAUAAACCUCUGUACACAUUUUUUAUUUUUUAGCAAUAAAAGUGGACCAGGCGCGUCGGGAAACAAUUUUGAUCGUUGGAUACAAAGGACCAAUAUCCACGACGACUCUGCUAUCACAAAAAUGCAGCAUCAGUUCUGGGUGACGAAACAGGCUUUGUCGCGAAAGCUGGGGAAAAAGGAGGAUGAGUGCAUAGUCGCGUCAGACGCAGAACUGGACGCCAAGUUAGAAUUGUUUCACAUUCUUGCGCAAGAAGAAAAUGCAAUGGGACGGUUCCUCAAAGAUGCUGGCAAACAGGACAAAACCAGAGCUGGCAAAAUGAUGAUAACAGUUGGAAAGUCGUUAUCAUAUUCUGGCCAGCAAAGGCUCGCAUUGAGCGCUCCAUUGGAGCGGUUGUACCAGGAAGUGGAAACAUUUAGACAAAGAGCUAUCGAAGAUACGCUGCAAAAGGUUCAAGCAAUGGAGAAAGCUCGUACGGAGUACAGAGCUGCUUUGUCAUGGAUGAAAAACAUCUCUCAGGAAUUAGAUCCUGACACAUCGAAACAAUUAGAAAGAUUUCGCAAAGUUCAAACAUGCGUAAGACAAGGUAAAAUAGCGUUUGAUAAUCUGGCUUUAGAUUGUCUUCAAAAGGUAGAUCUGUUAGCAGCAGCAAGGUGUAAUAUGUUUAGUCACGCUUUAGUUUUAUAUCAGAGUACUCUUCUCAGUUUCACCGAAAAGUCUGCACAAGCAUAUUCCACAAUAGCGAACAGUUUUAAAGGCUACCAACGAUACAAUUUUAUGGUAGUGAGAGAAUUAGCUGAACCAUCAAGUAAAUUAGCUCAAGAAACUGGAGGUGACAAUGAUCUUGACGAAAAAGAGAAGUUGUCAUUUUUUGACAUGGAUUAUCAUGACACUAUUGAAAAAGCUGAAGAAGUAAAAUCAUCCCAAGAAAACACAGUUGAAAACAACAAAGAAAGUGAAAAACUAUUGGAUAUUGAGUAUGAGACAAUAGAUAUGUUAGGAUUAGAAGGAUUAGAUAUAAAUUCCAGUUCUCCGAACGAUGAAAUUACAUCACAGUCAACCUCUAACGUCGAACAUAAGAAAGAUUUCGAUGAACUUUUUGAAAAUUUAAUUCUAGAUAAUAAUGCCACUCAUAACGAUAUACAAGAAGGAAAUCAAUUAGAACUUGAUAAAAAGUUUGAUGAGCAAAGUUUAAUAAUGGGUAUAUUUGACAAAUCUGAUACAAAUUUUAAUUUGGCUAAAUUCUCUUCCUUAGAGGAACAAAAUUCAAGAGAACAAUCUUUACAGUCUCUCACAUCCGAAAAUAUGGUACUUUUGAAUGAUAUUCUCACUGAUAAACAGAACAAUGAUAGUGAGUGGGAAUCAAUAUCACAUAAUACAUUUUUACCACCAAAUAUAUUAAAACAAAGUUUGGGUGAUGCAACGCUUGGUAUUGGACAGAAGAGUAUGCCUACUACCAGCACAGGCGACAAAAAAAAAAAUAAGACUGGUAAACUAAAAGGUAAUUCUUGGUUGGAUUUGUUUGCUGAACUGGAUCCUUUGGCCAACAAUCCAAUGGAAAAUCUUUCCAGUGACAGUAACGCAUCUGCUUAA